UGUAGUCCACUAGGGGGCAGGUUGUUCCUAUGAGACUGUGUGAAACUUUUCUUAACUUUAUUUUGUGCUUUUGUGUUAAAAGACAUUUAAUUCUCUGUAUUGUUAUUUGUUUCCACGUUACGCAUGGUUUGCUAUUUUUUCAAUAAAGAGAGAAAAUGCUGCGAACAAAAUGACAAAGGAAAUGACAUAAACAGGAAGGACGACGACUAUUGAACCAUGGGUACUUUUACACCCUCAGUUGGGACCAUCAGGCAGCUUCUCACUCCUAAAACUGCGUAUAAACAGUUGGAUUUAAGAGGCAAACACAAACCACCAGACAAGGCCAAGUCCACACAUUCAACAACCUGUAACUUAACAAGUUUUGGUUUCGUACGAAGCUUGUGAUUAAAUCAUGGACUAUCUGUAGAGGAGACGCUGCCUAGAAGUCGCGACUCGGGACAAAAUGGCACAUCUAUAGUCUGAGCAUGAAAACACAACUGUAUGUGAGCACGCUGCCUUUUUCAGCAUACAUAGCUACAUUUAACUUUAGAUAUCUAUAUUAAAGUUGAAGAAACAAUUAGACAGUGCUUCAGUAAUACAGCUACAGUAGGUGGCAGUGUGAGGUCUCCAGGUCGUUGCGACUCUUCAGUAAAGGAGAAGAAGAAGAGACCGUAAACAAUCUUGAGGGGAGACCUGGUGACUGUCUGUUAGCAUGAUCGCUGUUAUUAGCUUACACUCUCUGAUCAGAAGGUGAUUGUGAGAUUUGAUUGCACCCCUGAUGACACCAAACUCCUGAGACAACAUGGCCACACUGAGGAGGAUCCACUCAUGGUUACCGCUCCUGCAGCGACCCUGCACACAGAGCUGUCAGAGAGCAGCAGCCUGCAGCCUCCUCCACGGUCCUCCUGCAGUCAGCACCUUUAAGUUCCAGCGGCUGAGAGAUGCGCCCACCCUGCAGUCCAGAGCGUUUUCACUCUCUGCAUUCAGAUUAAAGAGAAUCGACGCCUUUGACGAUGGACAGCAGGCUGUAUUCACAUCAGAGGAGGAUGAUGAGGAUGAAGAUUUCAUCGAGGACAGUGAGGUGGAGGAGCUGUUCCAGCAGCAGGCCCCUGCAGACAUCGCAGGGGGACAGCACAGGGUCUUCAUCGUUCAGCCUGAUGUGAAGUGGGGGAGCAGGAAGCAGCAUCUGACCACCGCUGAGCUGAUGAUGGCUGAGGCUGUGGGGCUCGUGAACACUUUAGACCACUGGAGAGUGGUGGAUAAGAUCGUCCUCUCCACAAAGACACCAGAGAAGAAGAGGAUAUUUGGCAAAGGCAACUUCCAGCUUCUUACAGAGAAAAUCAGACAAACAGCAGGAAUCACUGCUGUGUUUGUGAAUGUUGAGCGUCUGUCUCCGCUGUCUGAGAGGGAGUUUGAAGAAGCCUGGGGGGUUAAAGUCUUCGACAGAUACUCAGUGGUCCUCCACAUCUUCCGCUGCAACGCCAGAACUAAAGAGGCCAAAUUACAGAUCUCUCUGGCUGAGAUUCCCUUGUUAAGAUCUCGUUUAAAAAAUGAAAUCGCCAACAUGGAUCAGCAAGGUGGAGGAUCGAGAUACAUCGGAGGCUCAGGUGAGACACUGUACGAGGUCCAGCAGAGGCUGUUGAAGGAGCGCGAGAUCAAGAUUCGCUUGGCGCUGGAAAAACUGCGGAAGAAGAGGCACCUGCUGCGAUGUCAGCGCAGACACAAAGAGUUCCCUGUCAUCUCUGUGCUGGGAUACACAAACUGUGGUAAAACAACUCUGAUCAAAGCACUGACUGGUGACAGCGGCCUCCAGCCCAGAAACCAGCUUUUCGCCACUCUGGAUGUCACCGUCCACGCCGGCCUGCUGCCCAGUCGCAUGACUGUUCUGUACGUGGACACCAUCGGCUUCCUGUCCCAGCUGCCCCACAAGCUCAUUGACUCCUUCUCUGCCACGCUGGAAGACAUCAAACACUCUGAUCUGCUGAUUCACGUCCGAGACAUCAGUCAUCCAGAGACAGUGAAUCAGAAGGUGAACGUCCUGAAUGUCCUCAAGAACCUGGAAAUCCCUGACAGGCUGAUGAGCUCCAUGAUAGAAGUCCACAAUAAAACUGACCUGGUUGAUAACUAUCAAUCUGCAGAGCCCAACGCACUGCCCAUAUCUGCCCUGGAAGAGCGAGGACUGGACGAGCUGAAGAAAGUGGUGGAAGGAGAGAUUGUAAACUCUACUGGAAAACACAUUUUAGAUCUCAAAGUCAACCUCAGCACUCCUCAGUUAAGUUGGCUGUACAAAGAGGCCACCGUUCAGGACGUGCAGGUGGAUGCAGACGACGGCUCAGCUGUCGUCAAGGUCAUCAUCAGCACCGCUGCUUAUGGACGCUACAAGAAACUGUUCACAGGCAGAUAGUAAGGAGGGGAGCGAUCCUUCCUCCUUCAGGACUGCAGCUCCAAAUGAAUUACUGUACCAUAAAGGGCUUUAAAAAAACAACUGUAUGUGUUGUACAGUAUAUUAAAAUACUUGAAAAUACAA